CAAUUAAUGAAUUAAGCAAAGUUCAGAUAAUUUGAGCACUUUAAUUUUGAAAACAAUGUUGUUUGGAAGGAUUUUAUUAAAGAUUUAGAUCCAAAUAUGUAUUAUAACUUCUAAUAAUUAGACCUAAAGAAAGAUUUGAAAAACUAAAGAAAAUUUGGUAUAAGGAUAAUAUUGAUACAGAUUUUGAUCCUGAGUUUGUUAGUCAUCCAAAUUAGCAAUCUUCGCAUUAGAAUAAUACUCAUUAGAAAUAAGGAAGUGCUUUUAACCUUGGAUAGUAAAGUAUUGGAUCCCUUUCAUAUUAGCGAUUGUCUAGAAAAUUCUUUUUGGGCUAGAGAAUUUUUUAAAAUUGGCAUUUAUCAUAACUUCCUUUGUACCUAUUGUUUCAAAUGCUUAAUUUGCAGUUGCAGCCUGUAUUUUAGGUUUGUAUAGAUAAUGCAAAUUUCCAACAAAAACAAGAGAAUAUGGAGAAAAAGUGUUAAAAAAUGAGUUUACAUAAAAUCUAUUCUUUUUGAUUGGAUACCUAUUUGUUUACUCAUUCAGACCUGUUUAUAAUGCUCCAAUUAUUUUACAUUUUGUUCUUGGAUUAGCAUCUUAUGUUUUAUUAUUGUAAGGAACAAUAUAUCAAUGUAUUUAAUUUGAUUUGUUUUAGAUUUUAAGAGUUAAGUUGAUAAAAUAUAUUCAAUGUAAAAGGAAAUCUAUAAAAUUAAAUAUAGAAUAGAAAUAGCAUUAGUUCCAGCAAGCUUGAUAUUUUUAUUCAUUGGACAUUCAUCUCUAUUCACCUUUGUUUACUAUGCAAACUUUAUUAGAAUCAAAUAUAUUUUACUUGAUAGUUUUAAAGAAGAAUGUAGAUAUGUUAAUUACAAAUAUUUGGAGCCAUAUAAGAGAAACCCUAUAUUAGGAUUUUUAAUUUCCAAAGUCUAAUCAUUAUGUUCAUAUUUCAUAAGAUUUAAAUGA